AACUUCGACCCCAGCACCUUCAGCCUGAUGCGCUGCGAGUUCUGCGGCGCCGGCUUCGACACCCGGGCCGGGCUCUCCAGCCACGCCAGGGCCCCCUGAGGGACUUUGGCAUCACCAACUGGGAGCUCACCAUCUCCCCCAUCAACAUCCUGAAGGAGCUCCUGGCCAGCUCAGCCGAGCUGCCCAUGCUGCAGGCGGCCCUGGGGCAGAGCCUCCCUCCCCGGGCCGGGACAGGGACCCCCAGGGCUUCGCCUCCCGCAAGAGCCUCACCCCAUGUCCGAGGGCAGCGUGCCCAGGUCUCCUCUCUCCCCUUCCCACCAGCCUGGCCAGAGGAGUCCCUGCAGCCCUACAGAGAUGUGCUGGCUCCAGAGGAUGAAGAGCUGGUGGCCAUGGAGGUCGGCUCCCCUCCCCCUCUCCCCAAGAAGAGCCUCCCCAGCGGGCAGCUGGAGCAGCCCCCCCCCAGGCUAGGGACCAAACUCUCUGCUCCUGAGCCCCCAGGCAGCAAAGCAGAGCCUCAGGACCCCAAAACCCAGAGCCUGACGACCUGCGAGGUGUGCGGCGCCUGCUUCGAGACGCGCAAGGGGCUGUCCAGCCACGCCAGGUCGCACCUGCGGCAGCUGGGGGUGGCGGAGUCGGAGAGCAGCGGCGCCCCCAUCGACCUGCUCUACGAGCUGGUGAAGCAGAAGGGCAAGCCCGAGGCCGCCGCCCUGCUGCCCCUGCUGGCCAAGAAGCCUUCCUCCUCCUCCUCCUCCUCGUCCCCCAAGGAGGCCUCGCCGCGCCCCGCCGGGCUGCUGGGGCUGGGCAAGGCCGGCGAGCGGCCGGAGGGAGCGGUCAACAAGGCCAUCAAGUCCCCCCCGGGCUUCUCCAAGGGCCUCUCCCAGCCUGGCUCCCCCCUGCUGAAGAAGAUGGCGGCGCUCUCGGGCUCCCCCCCGCCCAAGGGCCUGGAGGAGAAGAGCUCCAAGCUGGCCCUCAGCCCCCUGCAGGGCUCCCCCGGCGCCCAGUGGCCGCCGGUGGACGACGAAGGACCUCUCAACCUCACGGCGGGGGCGGAGCCGGCGCGGGACAUCCGCUGCGAGUUCUGCGGGGAGUUCUUCGAGAACCGCAAGGGGCUGUCGAGCCACGCCCGCUCCCACCUGCGCCAGAUGGGCGUCACCGAGUGGUACGUCAACGGCUCCCCCAUCGACACCCUGCGCGAGAUCCUCAAGCGCCGGCCCCCGCCCCGCCCCGGCCCCCACCCCCACAAGGCCGUGGCCAAGACCCUGCUGGCCGGCCUGGGGGCGCUGGACCCUCGCGGGGCCGCCGGAGAGCUUCACCUGCAGAGCGUCGCCAAGAAGGUGCCGGCGGCCGGCGGCGGCGGCAGCCCCCUGGGGCAGUCUCCUACCUCCUCCCCGCCCCCUCCCACCGCCAGGAAGAUGUUCCCCGGCCUCUCCCCUCCCCCCUCCCUGCAGAAGAAGCUCAAGCAGGACCACGUGAGGGUGGAGAUCAAGAGGGAGAUGAUGGCAGGAGGGCUGCACGGGGAGCCGCACCCCGCCGAGCCGGGCUGGCCGCCGCGGGACGACCUCUCCCCUCUCAACCUCUCCUCGCGGGCGGAGCCGGUGCGGGACAUCCGCUGCGAGUUCUGCGGGGAGUUCUUCGAGAACCGCAAGGGCUUGUCCAGCCACGCCAGGUCCCACCUCAGGCAGAUGGGGGUGACCGAGUGGUCGGUCAACGGCUCCCCCAUCGACACCCUGAGGGAGCUCCUCAAGAAGAAGGCCAAGCCUUGCGCCAUCAAGAAGGAGCCUCACGCCCCCGGCGCGGAGCCCCCCGCGGCUCCCGGGGAGGAGGGGCCGGAGCCCAAGUCCCCUCCCGCCAAGCUGCUCCCGGGCCUGGCCCUGGCGACCCUGGGUGGGAGGACGGGGAAACCAGGGCCCGGAGGCGCCGGCCUGAGCCCCCGGGAGGGCAUCUCCUUCUCACCUCUGUCUGGUAAAGCCCAAGGAGGGUUCCUGACGCCGCUGUCGGCCAAGCGACCGCUGCAGGACGACCGGCUGGGAGCCCACGGCGACGCCAAGCACAAGGCCUUCCUCCAGAGCGAGCUGCCCUUCAAGGCCAAGGCCCUGCACGAGAAGGCAGCACACACCUCCUCGGAAGCCUGCUGCGAGCUCUGCGGGCUGUACUUCGAGAACCGCAAGGCGCUGGCCAGCCACGCCCGGGCGCACCUGCGGCAGUUCGGCGUCACCGAGUGGUGCGUGAACGGCUCCCCCAUCGAGACGCUCAGCGAGUGGAUCCGCCACCGGCCGCACAAGGCCGGCGCCUACCGCACCUACAUCCAGGGGGGGAGGCCCUUCGCCAAGAAGUUCCGCAACGCCGCCCACCCCCGCGACGCCGACCGCCGCCCUGCCGCCGCCGCCGCCGCCGCCGGCGUCGCCUUCCUGGGCAAGGGCUGCCCGGGAGAGGAGGGGCCGGGGCGGGAGAGGCCGCUGAUCACCUCCCCCCUGUCCCUGGUGAAGCUGGAGGAGCAUCAGCGCUCCAACAUCAGCAAGUUCGAGCGGCGCCCGGGGCGGCCUCCGGAGCCGGGGGGGCCGGGGGCGGAGUUCCCGCAGAAGCUGGAGGAGGAGCCGCGGCCGCCCCCCCCCCGCGUGCGGCCGGUGCCGGCCCUGGUGCCGCGGCCCCCCCAGACCUCCCUGGUCAAGUUCGUGGGCAACAUCUACACCCUCAAGUGCAGGUUCUGCGAGGUGGAGUUCCAGGGCCCCCUCUCCAUCCAGGAGGAGUGGGUCAGGCACCUCCAGAGGCACAUCCUGGAGAUGAAUUUUUCCAAAGUGGAUGCCCUGAGGGGUGGGGAAGCUGCCCCUGCCCCCGAGCCUCCUGCCCUGGCCGAGGCUCAGUAGCCAGGAGCCCAGCCCCCAGCUCCCCCUUCGC